CGCACGUGCACUUAAAUGUGGUCGGAUUUAGUUUAUUUGUAUUUAUUUUAAUAAUUAUUAGUGGAGCCAUCAAUAUGGCAUCGCUAGCAGAGAAAACAAAGGAUACCAACACAUUUCGGUUUAAAUCCUUUGGUGACCGAGUAAACGAAAUAGAUCUACGCCGCUUGGCCCUCUAUCACAUUGGCCAUCGCAAUGAGGAGCUCGACGAGGCGGAGACGGAAACCUAUUUCCAGCAGACUCUACAAAAAUGGAAUGUCCUUAAUCUCACAGAGGAAUAUAAUUAUUUUAGCAAACGUUGCCGGAAAAUCGUGACCCUGCCGCAAUUGUUGCAUCAAAAAGAUUUUGUAAUUGAUUUGCUCCUGGAACGUUUGGCCACUGCCACAAAUCUAUCGCAACAACCUCUGUUGGAGCUACUCUAUGUGCUGGCACGAGAUUUACGCGAGGAAUUCUAUCAAUAUUUUCAACGAGUAUUGGAUCGCUUGAUUUGUCUUCUCAAUACCCAAGAUUCCGAGCAAUUGGAGUGGACGCUAAUAUGUUUAGCCCAUUUGUUCAAGACACUGAAACCCUAUUUGAAGCGAAACAUUGGUGUGGUCUUUAAUGCCAUCCUCCCAUUGCUGGAUGAACAACAUUAUGCCGAGCAUGUAACCAAUUUUGCUGUGGAAUGUUUUGCCUAUAUAGCGCGAGAUGUCAGAGAUUUCCCUCGAUUUCUUGCCUAUGUCUUGAAAACAGUAUUGCGUGAGCAAGUCGAGAGCAUCAAAGGUUGCGGCCGUCUAAUCUAUGAGAUUCUUCGCGGAGUCAAUGGACAAUUGCAUAAUUCAGCUGGCGAUUUGGUGGCCCAGAUUCUCGAUGUAUUGGUCAAUAAGGAGGCCACUUAUACCUCCGAUCAAACAGAUCUAUUGUCUGAAAUAUUGGAACAUUCGUUGGAAUUAAUUUUGCCAUAUGUGAAAACCGAUCAAAUGUCCAUAUUAUGGCAGAAAUUAUGCUUGGCCAUUAGUCCGGAUGAUGACAAAUAUAUAGUUAACCUAAUGUUACCUUUGGUUAGCUACAAAGAUGGGCGUUACAUUUCGGAAUUGACUCUCAUUGUGUCCACACUACUGAAACAACUCGAUCAAUCGAAGCAAGUGCAACAAUCGCUGACUUCGCUGAUUACUCAUCUCCUGACUGCUUCACAUGCCCAGCUAACGCAACUCGAUGCCAGCAGAUUACUCACCAAACUCCUGGCCACAAGCGAGAAAUCGUUCAGCAUCUAUGAAUCGAGCAUUUUGGAAUUACUGAAUUAUCCGCAAUUUGAACUUUUAGUUCUUCCCCAUGUCAUUGCCCAUUACGAAGCGAGCAAAGGAGAUUUGCCCAGUUUGGAACUGCUUGGAAGAAUCAUUUUACACAAGAGACCUUUGCAAUUGGAUGCCACUUCUCUGUCUCAAUGGCAGAUUUAUCCUUUACAAUUAAAACAAAAAUCAACGAUGGAUAAACUCACCAAGGAUUUAGCCAAAAUCGAUCUGAAUACUGAAGAACAUUUGUUAUUACUUUUGCUAGUUCCUCAUUUCAGAGGAUUCAGUAAAGAUUUCCUAGAAAAGAGUCUCCAGAAGGCAAUUGAGGAUCACUUCACCACCCUCUCCAAGGAUCACUUGGCCUUACUUUUACUGCUGCAAACUUAUUUCCUGCUGAAAUAUAAAUUGCCAACCAAACUGGGUAUCAAACUUCAUCAAUCUCUUCUGCCAUCUAUAUCUAAGGAUCUUUGGGCUUUGGCCUGUUUGGAGUUAUUGCUGAUUGAAUUGCCUAAAAAAGAUUUGGCCCAAUCAAAAGAAACUAAAGCCGCUUUGGCUCCACUCUUGACACACUCGCAAGUCCAAUAUAGACGCAUGUCUUCCCAUUGCCUGCAGCUACUGGGCUCAUUGGAGAACAGUAAAACGAAUCCUUAUACUUAUUUUCAUGCCGCCAGCUGUGUGCAACCAACUGUACAUAAUUAUCGUGAGCUUCUACUGCAAUUGCAACAAUUGGAGCCAAGUUCGCUGCACUUUAAGGAUUAUUCGCAGUUGCCGCAUUUCAAGGAACACACUAUCAGCCUGCUUCUGGGCUUACUUUACAAUAAUUUCAAAUUCAUUUGGGCUCCGGUGCAGCAGCUCUUGGCAGCCUAUGUCAAGGAAAUGGAAAUCGAAGACUUUUGGCUAAUCUUCAAGGACAAAUUAGAGACAACAGUUGCCAUAAUCCAUCAGAAAAACGAAGAUUCCCAAGUGUCUGCAAAAAGAAAAAGUUAUAUAUCAUCUGCACUGACAUUAAUGCUGCCACAAGAGGCUGAGGAAACGGUGGUUGGGCAGGACCAAAACGUACAACAGGCUCUAAAUUAUCGCCAAUUGCUAUGGCAGUGUAUUCCCAAAUUGGGUCAAGUGGCAGAGGUAAAAAAUAAGGAUAUAGUGCGUCUAUUUCUUGAUUUCAUUGAAGUCGAAUAUCAUGGAGAACUGGAAAAGACCGAACAUACUUGGAAUGUGACCGAGGAGAAGGAAGCUACCCAGUUGCUUGAAGAUAACGAUGAUGAUGACGAUGAAGCGGUGGAGACACCAAGUCAAACCCGACGCAAACGUAAAAACUACAAUACACAAACGAAAUUUAUUUUACAAACUCUUCAACUAAAACUUGCUUGCUUCACAAUUCAACCCAAUCCCAAGGCUUUGUAUCGUCAAACCGAACUGAAAGAAUUCUAUUUGGAGCUGCUGGCUGGACCAAAUCCUCAACUGCAACAAUUGGCAUUGGAUUGCCUUGUCAAGUAUAAGGAUCCAACCGCCUUGGUCCAACAUAAAUCGACACUCAGCGAUCUCAUUGAUGAAUUGAAAUUUAAGUCCACUCUAAGCACUUGGAAUCUCUCAAAUUUGCAAACGGAGGAGAGAGCCCAACUAUUGCCAUACGUGCUGCGAUUGCUCUAUGGCAAAAUGUUGACCAAGGGAUCACAGAAGCAACUAAGCGCCCAGCAACGUAAGACCCUAAUCCUACGUUUUCUGGGUCAACUGGAGGAAUUGGAAAUUCUCAACUUUCUACAAAUGGCUUUUGGACGUUUUAAUCUAUACACGGAUAAACCAAUUGAAGAACUCCAUCUAGAAGUGAUUAAACACUAUGAUCCUUCUGCGGUUAUAGCAGCAAAACAAUUGCAGCGUAUCGUUAAUCUUCUCGAGCUUAUACGCAAAGAAUUUGCUGGAAAAUUAAGUGAGAAAUUUCAAAGUUAUGUUUUAAAAUUAUUGCUUCUAGUGGGUAGUGUCGCACAGCAAGUAAUCGACGGAGGCGAGGGAGGAAAAUUGAUGGUGGCCUACAGAAAUGUUAAACAUGCUGGACUCCAGACAUUGGUUAACUAUUUCCAACAUUUAGUCGACAUGCAUGAACUGUGGCAAGAGCCAGAGAUACAAGCCAUUUGUGAGGUUUAUGUAUGGCCAAAUUUAUCAAGACUCUCUCAGGAUUCUAUACACAAUCCCACACCGCUAUUGAAAUUGCUUCUACUCUGGGGAGCCGAGGUCAACUAUCAAAAGUGGCUAAAGAGGCAGCCGGAGAAGGGUGCGGAUCCCAUUAUACAACAUUUGGUGGCCUUACUGCUCAACGAGAAAGCCAAACCAGUAGUGAAGCGAUCACUAUUGCAGCUAAUUGAGCAAAUAUUAGAAGCCACUGCACUAGAUGAGUAUAAGGAGGAAGCCUUGUCCCUCAUCCGACCAUAUAUACCAGAGAUUUUAAAGCAUCUGCAAGGCAAUUGGCAACGCAAAACAAAGAAACAAAUGCUGGACAGGAGGGAACUGAAUAUUUUGACUUUAAUAACAAGUCAUGUGGAUGAUGCCUCAACCUGUGAUCUACUCCUGCAAUUGGUUUUACCAAUUUUCUCGAAACAAGUAGCUGGAGCUGGGCCAGAGAUGGUUAUACAAUUAAUAACCACAUUGUCCAAUCUUCUGAAGCGUGUAAAGCAACCACAUAUCUAUGUUAAUCAAUUGGCGCCACUAUUUGAAUUGGUUCAGGUAAUAUCAGCCCGUAAGAUGUUGUGUGAAAUACUUACGGAUAUGGCCAAACAGUUGCAUAAAGCUGUCAAGGAUCAACCGCAAUUGAGUGCCCAGGCCACAGCUUUGAGGGAAUGGGCAAGGAUAGUUUAUCUGCUUAAUGCCUGGGAUAAACGAUGGAUCGAACAGCCCGACUAUGAUAAACGUUUGGAGGCUCUGAAAGAAGUUAAAGAAAUGGUGGCGGAGGAGGAGAAGAAGCAACAACUGGACAUGCAAUUGGCCAUUCUGGUGGUCUACAACUGCUUCUAUAUGCUUAGGCAUGACAAUGAUUUGGGCCUAAGAGUCAAUAUAGGAGAAUUACUCAAAGGAUUGCUGCCACAACUGACAAUUCAAUUGGCGGAAAAAGAUCGAAAUUUCUGGUUGGAUGACAUUUUGAUGCCCCUCUUCCAACGUUAUAUACGUGAUGAGAAGCAUGAACAUGCCAGGAGUGAGGCCAUCUCGGCUUUGGGUGAAAUGGCACGCCAAUGUCCCAUCGAUUGCCAUGAAGUGUUGCGAGAUUUGGCACCUUUAACGGAUAAGCACGAUUUGGAAGUGGAUUUCUUUGAGAAUAUUCUGCAUUUGCAAACCCAACGUCAUGGUCGUGCCCUCCAACGUGUGGUCAAUAUCUCGGCGGGUAAAUGGCGUCAAAUGCCACAGCCAUGUGCUCGAACCCUUACCCACAUCCUGAUGCCGCUGACUACGCGUUAUUUGCUGAAUGAUAAGCAUUCCGGCAAGCAUACCCUAAUAGAUGCCGCCAUCGAGGCGGUUGGAGUCAUGUGUGAGCUACUUCCGUGGCAACAAUAUCUUGCCAUACUCCGAUAUUAUCUAAACAAAUUGCGCUACUCUCAGACCCAUCAAAAGCAAUGCGUUCGCUUGGUCGUUCGCAUCUUGGAUGCUUUUCAUUUUGAUCUAUGUCAAGGACAAACUGAUGUGCUUAUGCUAAACCAACUCAAAGAGCAAUUAAUCAAAACUACAACAGAAGAAACCAAACCAACGGAGGAGGAGGAUGAGACGAAUGAAACCUCUGUGAAAGAAGAGACCGAUGAGUUGGACUUUGAUGCUGAAAAUGAGGAAGAGGAGGCGGACGAAGUGACAACCACAACAAAGGUUACCCGUACCUCCUUUCUAUUGUCAGCCAAUGCUGCUAAACGUGUCAUAGCAACCAUUACUACCAUUCUAUUGCCCGCUCUUAAUCGUUCCAUCACCGAAAAAACCAAUUAUGAUGCCAAACACAAAAUCAAUCGUCGUCGUUUAAGCUAUGAACGGGAGGAAGAGGAUAUUCAACGUGUGCCCAUUGCCUUGGCUAUGGUUAAGUUGCUGCAAAAGUUGCCCUCGGAUCUAAUGGAGAACAGUUUGCCAGGGAUCUUUAUGAAGGUUUGCACGUUUCUACGCUCACCCUUGAAGUCCGUACGCAUGCUGACCCGUGAUAUACUCAAGAAGAUUAUGUUGACCCUCGGUGGAAGCUAUUUGGGUUUACUGCUGGAGCAAUUGCAAUCUCUGCUAACGCGUGGCUUCCAAGUGCAUGUGCUUUCAGUAACUCUACACGGGGUCCUCGAUGCUCUUAAGGGAGAUGAAAACUUUAAGCCAGCACACAUUGAGGAUUGUCUGCAGAAUCUGCUGGAAGUGGCCCUGAAUGAUAUUUUCGGAGAUGUGAGUGCCGAAAAGGAAGUGGACAAAAUUGUGGCCCACACGCCAGAGGCGAAACCGAGUGCCAAGAGUUAUCUAACUCUACAUAUAGCUGCACGUUAUAUACGAGACAAUUGUUUGUUGGAUCUUUUGCUACCUUUUAAAGGACACUUGGCUAGGACGCAUUCGCGCAAAGUCACACAAAAGAUUCAGGAAUGUUUUGCCAAAAUUGUGGCCGGUUUGGUGGAGAAUCCUCACAUUGCACGCGAGAGUUUGCUGAUCUUCAUCUAUGGCACAAUGUCGGAGAGUAUAAGUGAUUUGGUGCCUGGAACACAAAAGCGUCAACUUACUGCCAAGGAGCAGGCCCUGAUGAGAAGAGCUCGUCCCGAUUGCCUGUUGCUUCAACCAGCUCCAAGCAGACGCAGCGUAGAAGUGGCAGGAAAUAAACAAGUGAAAUCCAAUGCCCAGGCCAAUGCUCAUAUUCUGAUUGAAUUUGGUCUCGAGUUGUUGCAUUUCGUGUUGAAGCGAAAGAAGCUCAAUGAACUGGACUAUGAGCCAUUCCUCCAACCACUUUUGCCCUUGCUAAAGGACUCUUUAAGCAGCAGCCAUGCAAGAACGACUACCUAUGCCUUGAAAUGUUAUGCGGCCAUUUGGCUUGGAGAUUAUAAGCUCUCCGAAUUGGAAGCCGUCGAGCUGGAGCCGGUGGUAAAGCGAAUGUUUGAGAUCCUAAAGAAUUUCUCAACAUUUGGCGCCACACGGCAGGAGGAGAAUGCCCAAUUGGUGCGCUCCAGCUUUAAGGCUGUGGUGGCUCUACUACGUAAAUGUGAGGAAUUCCAGCUAAACGAUGAGCAAAUCGAACAACUGUUGCUUCACAUCGAACAGGAGCUCCAGGAAGGUGAAUGUAGCAGUCAAUCGAUGUGCUUCACCUUGCUCAAGGCUCUGGUCAAUCGCAAAGUGGACACACGUUCAUUACACGAUCUAAUGCGACGUCUGGCCGAUUUGGCCAUCAUAUCUCAGUCGGAUUAUGUACGCGAUGAAUCGCGUGGAAUUCUUCUCAUCUAUCUGAUGGAAUACACACUGCAGAAGCAAGUGGAUCAAAUGGUGAAGUUCAUGUCAGUGCAAUUGUGUUACUCUCAGAUAGCUGGACGACAAUCGGCCAUCCAGUUUAUGCACUCAAUAAUCAAUAAGUUCCCUCAACUGAUUCUGGCCAAACAAUCGGAAUUCCUAUAUCUAUCUCUGGGCACGAGACUAGUCAAUGAUGAGGAUCCUACCUGCCGGCGCAAAGUGGCUAGUGCUCUGGAAGCUUUGCUUAGUCGUCUUAAUAAGGUGGAACGUCAACCUCUUUUGGACCUAACAUUAUUGUUCUUCACCUCAGAACAGGAGACCAGGAGAAAAGCAGGUGUAAGAGAAAUGGCUGCUGCUUUGCUCUCGAGAUUUGUUUUGGCCGAGAAGAGUCAAUUCGCUGAUAGAUUAUCCCAAGUGUUGCCUACUCUAGUAAAUGUAUUAACCAUUGGCGAUGCCGAGGCAGGCGGCAGAUUUGUCCGAGCUCCAGGAAAUUUAAGUAAUGCAGCGGAACAUUUGGAUGACGAUAAGAACAAAAAGAAAAAGCGACGAAAACAUCACGAGGACAUCCUGGAUUCGGUGGAUCCGGAAACUGAGUUGGAAGAAAAACAACGUGGCCUGGAUCACCAGAUCAUUCAGUUACAGUAUUGUCUCUUGAAGAUCUUUGAGCAUUGCGGUGAAUCACUUUUCUCAAAUGAUUCACUAGCACCCACUCUCGAUGAACUGGCCUAUGGGUGUCAACGAUUGCUUGGACACGAGCACAAUUGGGUGCGAUGCAAUGCAGCCAAAUUGCUGGCACAAAUAUUGUCUCAUUAUGAUUACGAUUAUGUUGGCCAACAAUUGGCGGGCAUAAAACGCGAGCAAGAAACAGAAGAAAAGUCAUUAGAAUUUAUCUAUCACCAGCCAGCUCAUGAUAUCAAGAGUUUGGUUUUGGAUUUAUGUGCUCAAUGCAUACCUGGUGAGACGGCAUCAGAAAUGAUUGAUGAGCUGGCCAAGAUUAUGUUGUAUAUAGCCCAAAUGAUGAGAGAUGUGCCUUUUGGUCUCAAGCAGGAGAUUAAAUUGCAGCAAGAGGACGAUGAAGUGAACGAAACACAGACUAAUAAAAUCAAUCUCUAUUGGCUGGUUAGGAAUAUACGUUUCCUAAUUAACAGGGAGGUGGCCAAGGCUCCACACGAUACCAGCUUACGAACCGCUUUAUUUACUGUCAUCGAGGGUCUGAGUACUUUGUUGAGUGUUGAUGCUGUCACCAAGCUGGCUCCGGCACUUCUUCAGGCUUUGGUGCGUGAAAUGUCCGAGGAGGAUCAGAAUGUAGACGCCGAUUUGCGACAAUUGGCUCUUACAGUAGGCAGCCGACUUCGUAAACGUAUUGGAUCCGAUAUUUACGACAAACUCCGCAAUUCGGUGCAAACCAAGUUAAUGGUUCGACGCGCUGAACGUCGAAAGGCUGUCGCUCAGGAAAAGAUCCAUGAUCCAGAAAGGGCGGCCAAACGAAAGGCUGGCGUCCAGGAACGCAAGAAGGUAGCGAAACGUCUAAAAACGGCCGUUUUACGUGGCAAAGCGCCGGACACUAAACAAAAAUUAAAGAAACGCAAACGGAAAGCGGAAUUCGAUGGAUUUUAAUUUAGUUUGGUUAGUGAUUUUAGCUAAGUUUGUAGGAAAGAAAACAUUAUAGAAAUGACCAUUGUAUAAUAUAUCUAAAAUGCAUACAUAUAUUAAGCAGAAUUU